GACGUCAGUCACUGUCAUGAUCUUAAGAAGGGCCGCCAAAAUUAAAUAAUUUUCAAUUUUCAGAAUUGUAAAUAGAUAUUUUAUUCAAUUCAAAAUGUCUAAACGUUUCAUAUUUCUGCAGCAGCAAGGUGAACGCAAAAAAGCCAAACUCGAUGUGACUAUAUCUGAUCAUAAUUUUCCUUUGAGUCAAAAUCCUGAACAAGAAUCUGACCAUGACAACUGGGGGGACGAUAAUGACGAUGAGAUCCUUCUCUUGGCCAGUCAAGCCUGCGAACAAGCCUACAAUAAUGACAUUAGUUCUUUACCGGACUAUUCAAUGUGUAUGCAACCUCAGUCCACAAGCACACAAAUCUAUGAUCCAGGGCCUAGCACAUCCAACAAUGGGUUCUCCUUUAAAAAACCCAGUUCUUCUAUACCUGCCACCAUAUCUACCAAUCUAAAGAACAAGUGUUCAAUGAUAUCUAUACCUGGAAUGUCUGAUAAAGUUAUGACGAAAGUACCAGAGACUAUCAACAUUGCAAAAUUUUUUAAUGAUAAGGUUUACAAAGGUCAGGACUCUGGUCACUUGUACAGACAAUUACUUCAAAUGCAAGAGGAGAAUGCUAAAUUGAAAUCUGAAAAUGGGAAGUUGUUAGAAAAGUGUGUUACAAAAGAAGGGGAAGCGUCGAUACUUAGGACUCAAUUGAAGACGUGUCAGGUGGCCGUCGAUAAUGCACGGUUGGAGAAAAUCAAAGCCCAAGAAAAAGUGCAGAUGGAGUGGACAGACAAACUCUCAAUGGCUAAUAUUCAACUGCGCGAUUUGAGGAACCAGUUAGAUUUUAAGAAUUUAGAAAUAAUCAGUAUAAAAGAGAAGUGCAAGAAAUUAGAAUCAUCAAAAAUAAGACUGACUCAAGUUACUGUUGGUAACAAUGAUAUAUCCUCAAGUCAUCGAAACAAUAACAGUGUAAUCCAAAAUGACUUAUUUACACACCAACGGAGAGUUACUACAACCAACGCAACACAGACCACUGUCCAAAAACAGCUGUUCCUGAAACUAAACAAGACUUGUAUACCAGAGAGAUCAGAGCUGCAUGAUCUUCUGCCGCUGGUGCUGGAGCCCACAGCGCAGCACCACAACAUACUGGACUACAAUGACAAACUGCAGAAACACACAGACUCACAAAAGUGCAGAGUCUACAGCACAUUCCAUAGACUCCCGUCCACGCCCAGCAGUGGGAAAGAAGUGGAGACGAAUAAAUUAAUGUUGGCGAGUGUUCACGAAGACCUGACGAUAAUUGCUGCGGGGAGGCAAUCCGGGGAUUUAGUUGGUAGUUAUUCUAAUGUGUUCAAAGCUAUAAAAUCAGUACUAUUGGAAGUACAAAACGAAUUGGAGACGGUGUCCAGGCGGUGGUCGACAGCCUUCCAGAAGGACAUGGACGAGAGAUAUAUAGAUGCUACCGCUAGCUGUCGGCACGUCAACGAGCGGGAACUUCUCGCGGGAAGAAGUCUAUACAAAGAGGAACAAGCCCUUUUAGCAAGACGAAUGGUCGCGAUUGCAGCGCGUCUACUACAGAAUAACAAAACUAAAGAUUUGUUUACUGGAAUCGAAUGUUCCGAUACAAUUGAAAAUAGAAAUUUUAAAUUCUUGGAAGUUUUACAACGUAUAUGCGGUUUACUCGAUAGCACUUCAUGCGCAACCUUAUACAGCGGACUUCUGCUAUCAACAGCUAAGCUAAUACAAGAUAUACACCACGAUAGCAUAGAUGAACUAAAAAUGGCCAUCACAAAAAGUAUAAUAUCUUCCCGAGCUAUGCCGUUUGUCGCUUGCGAAGUGUUGAAUAUUUUGAAGAAGAUGCCCGAGGAAUUCCUGAGGAAUUUUUGCCCUGGAAGUGGAACGGGGAAUCUGAAGUUGGAUUAUGAUCAGGGAGUCUUAUUAUUUAAGAAAGACUCGUGCUAUAUUCAAGUGUUACUAAAACAGAUCGAAGUCUCUCUCAAAUGUAUGGAGCGACAGAAUACACAAGAAGCCGUCGCGGUGACCGGCAAUCUUAUCAACAUAUAUAGCAAUAUUAAUGUGGAUUAUACUGAGAUGAAUCCUGAUCAGAGACAAUCCAGAUGCGACUGCCAAUUAGUGCUAAUACAAGUUAUUGUGUACGGUCUAAGAAUUUGUUCCGUUAUGUUGGAGAAUAAUGAAAUUACUGAAUCAAAAGAUCGUAUAUUAGCGGUUUGUCGCAGCGGUAUACACGUGUUGUACCGCUGCGUCGUCCGCGAUGUGGAGUUCGGUUCCCAGCUCGGACACAACGAGGGACAUCUGUUACACUUCUGUGAAAUUAUGAGAGGGUUCACACAUAGCGAGCUAUAUUCAAACAUGUUAUCAGAAAUAUCGGCGCCCCAGCCGGAGCUCGCGGCCUUCCAACACUUCUCUAUAGCCGACUGACUCUGACCCUCUACUUCAGAGAGAGACGGCAUGUAAACAUAUAUUACUUCGAAUCUAGUGUUCGGCGUCCCAUGAUUUUGUAAAUAUGUGAAUAUUAAUGAAAUAAGCUUGUCUUCAAAAUUAAUAUCGAUUAAAUGUAUUUUUACAUUGCAAUAUUAAUUGAAAAUGUUAUAUGGGCCAUAUUGUUAUCGUGGCAACAUUGGGAAAUUGUUGCCAUUAUAGGUGUAUUUCUGCUAAAAUUGUAUUUUACUUUUGUAAUAAAACUACAAUUUGAACUAGCCUGUAUAUAUUUGGGAAUUUAACUUUGUACUGUCUGUGAUUAAUUUUUGAAAAUGAAUAAAACCAAUAUUUUAAUA